GUCUGAGCAUCGGUGUUAAAAAAUAAAAUAAAAACACAAGACCUUCCAACGAACUGACCUCAACUCAACUGAAGAAGAAGCAUCAAUCAAAAUCACCAUGAAAACAAGAACCAAAUCACUUGUUUUCAAUCUUUCAAAACUCCUUUCUUCAAUCAAACCACCGUUCCUCAGCCUCAGACCUCUUUCCUCCACCACCAACCCAACUGAACAAGCCCCACUUCCUUCAAAACCCUCCACCGACAAUAAGGACUCUUUCAUUCUUGAAAGUUUCAGGCUCAGACAACUCAAGAGCUCUCUCAAAAAUAACCCACAACAACAGAACAAAACCCCAGAACCAGCGUCUUCAAAUGCGGCGCCCUCUGAAGUUGUGUCAAGUUUUGAGGAACUGGGGUUGAAAGAGGAGGUGAUCAAAGCUGUGGAGGGGCUGCUAGGUGUUUUUGUUCCUAGUGAGAUUCAGUGUGUUGGGAUUCCUGCUGUUUUGGAUGGAAAGAGCAUUGUUUUGAGUUCUGGUUCCGGUUCUGGGAGGACUUUGGCUUACUUGUUGCCUCUUGUUCAGAUGCUGAGAAGGGAGGAGGCAUUGUUCAGUAUGAAGCCCAAGCAUCCUCGAGCGAUCGUGUUAUGCACCACUGAGGAGUCAGCAGACGAGGGUUUUCGUGUAGCAAAGUUUAUCAGCCAUUAUGCUCGAUUAAAAUCUUCGAUGGAAAAUGGUGGAGAUAGCUCAAAAGCCCCGGAGGACGUGUCAAAUGCCCCAAUUGGCAUACUAGUUGGGACCCCUAGGGAGGUUCUUCAGUAUGUAGAGGAUGGAAGCAUUUUAUGCAAUGACGUCAAAUAUUUGGUUUUGGAUGAGGCGGACACCUUGUUUGAACAUGGGUUUGGUCCUGAAAUUAGCAAGAUCUUGAGCCCACUAAAAGAUUGUGCAUCAAAGUCAAGUAACCAAGAAUUUCAAACUAUUUUGGUCACUUCCACAAUUUCAGAGAUGCUUGGCAAACAGGGAUCUUCCCUUAUGGAGCGUCUUGAGCAUGAUGUUGCCGGAAAAGUGACUGCAAUGUUGAUUGAGAUGGAGCAAGAAGAGACAUUUGAUCUCAUUGAGUCUCCUAAUGCCCUUAAGAAAAAGGUGGCUGAGGCUGUGAAUUCUCUUAAUCUGGAUGCUUCAGGAUCUUGAUUCUCAAAUCACGUAUCACCUUUGUUCUCUUUAAUGAAAGAACAAUGCAUGAGCCGAUUUUUCAUGGGGGCUUGAUAGGUUGUUAAAUAGUUCUUAAGGUUUCUUUUUUAAUCAAUUUUCUAAAAAUCGAUGCCAUCCCACUAGGUAUGUAUUAACCAGCUACUUGAUUACUGAAAUACACAGGUUUUUUACUCGCUGUACAGUCUGUGCCGAGGACUCGAUGUGUUUAGACCAUAGUUAAUAAUCUAAUAUUAUGCUUAUUAUUCACUGAUAUCUACCAAUGACUUGGCUAAUA